AAGUCGAAGUAAGAUAACAUAUCGAUAGACAUUUAUCUAUUUGUGAGGAGAAUAGCGAUAUUUCGAUAUAAAUAAAUAUUCGACAUCCCUACAAUUUUCGCUCAUUGUUCGGUUGUGGUGUCAUUUUUUUAGCGAAUCUGUUGGCAAUUAAACAAACGCGGAGUGAAGGACGACUACCCAACACUCUCAAUUAUGUGCGCGUAGUUAUCAAAGUAAUCAGGUGCAGUGCUGUUUGUAACAUCGCCGUUGCCGCCGCCGCCGCCCACAAAAACGGAAAUCACUUGAUAGUUUUUGCGAAUACCUCGUUGAUGACCCCGAGUGUGAGUUCCAGCCCAGCAACCACCCCCAUCAUCCCUUCACCUUCAAUUCCAGCGCCGGACGUCGACUUUUGAAAAUGGCAGUCAAGUAGCAGGACGACCCGGACCAACUGGACAUCUAAAAACACAACCAAAUAAUUGAAAUAGGAAGAGAGUUAACCUCCGAAUCAAGGCCAACUGACACUCUCAGGGAUAGAGUCUCCACAAGCGGUCGGUCUCCAGGACAACCCUUUCACCUUGAGCUUCGUGGAAGGAACACAACUGACCACGGAUUGUUGGCCAAGAAUUGAUGACAUUGCUCGGGCCUAGCGCCCCUGGAAUGGCCUUUAUGAUGAAAAAGAAGAAGUACAAGUUCAAUGUGGAAGUCCAGCUGCAGGAUCUGGUUGAGGUGGCUUUAGUUAACGAGGUCUUAUUCGCAAAGAUACGACUGCUAGAUGGAGGGUCGUUCCAGGAGUACAGUAGUCGGGAGGAGGUGCGGAACCAUCGCGUCGAAUGGAAUCGCAGCUUCGAGUUUCCUUGCAAAAUGAGCGCAAAUGCCUCGACCGGGGUCCUGGAUCCCUGCCAUCUACGGAUCUCCAUACGCAAGGAGAUGAAGGGCGGACGGAGCUACUACAAGCUGGGCUUCAUCGACCUCAAUCUGGCCGAGUUCGCCGGCGCCGGACUCACCUCGCGCCGAUUCCUUCUCGAGGGCUAUGACCUCCGCCAUCGCCUCGACAAUUCAAUGCUGCGCGUGAGCAUCAAGAUGCACAUGCUAAGCGGUGAUAUUCUAUUCAAAGCUCCUACGCCCAGUCUGAAGAGUAAACAGAGCAAGCCCUCCAUGGAUGACAUAACCAAUGCCGCCACUGGAGUUGGUCUGCAAACGCCGACAGCCAGCGCUCUGCCCACUAUUGGCGCUGGCAGUGGCGGAUCGGCGAUUCCAUUGGGAGGCAGUGGCGCCACUUUGGGCGGGGUGGCCAGCACCCAAGGGAUGCAGGCAGGUCGGACAGUUUCAAACACAAAGGAGGAGAUCAUUGCAGAGAUCGAUAGAGAGUUUUUUGCGGCUAUUGUGACAGACUCUGGGCUGUCAGAGUCAUCGGAGUCGGCGGUGACGCUGACCACGGAUAAUCUCCAGCAACAUGUCGCUUCUGCGUCGAACGCCACCACGCCGGUGUCUCAGGCGGCACCUGGCCUGGGGAUUAUUGGCAGCAAUAACUACGGCACCACAGGAGCAGCAGCGGUUGGCUUCUCUGGCAAUGUGGUUAGCACCGCCAACCUAAUGGAAAUAGGUCAUUCAAGAAAUUCCAGUAAUACUAGUCAAAUGUCAAAGGGCUCGGGCUACAGCAGUUUUUCCCACAGUCAGCAUUCGCGGCAGAGUUCCGAGGGCGACUCGGGGCAUGCAAGUCGUUUUAGAAAAUCCGUUUCUCUACUCAAUAGACUUAAUCAGAAGGCACUAAGUGCCAUGAAACUGAACAUACCACACGGCCGGCAUCACGGCCCAAAAAAUAACUCGGAACAGGCCAAGCCCAGCCUACCUGUGGUGGUGGUGGCUCCCCAAAGUUCUCACCACCAGACCAAGUUCACGCUCAGCACCACCGUCGAGUACGUUAGCGAGGAGCAACUCUACCAGACUCCCAACUCCACCAUGACGCCCGGCGACACGCUGGCCUUUGAGGAAUUUCGCACUCCGAUGGGAGAGAUUGCUGCCCCCCAGUUCCUGCCGCUGGCCGGAGGAGGAGGAGGCGUUGCCACGCCAGGCUCCAACUAUCAGAGUGCCGGAUCGCCGUCCCAUGCCACCACGCAGUACGACAGCGGGGAGACGAGCGACACCGAGGAGUCGCUGAACGAAGACUCGGGGGACAAUGACUCGGGCCUCGAGGAGAACUACCACACUCCCCGGGUGGCCAAGAUCAAGUCCAUGGAGAAUCUCUCCAUUCUAGAAAUGGAAUUCCAUAAGGCAUCGAUGGAGCUGGACCGCAACUCGCCGCGGCGCCUCAAGCAGUUGGCCGAACACGCCCAAAUACCCAAAAUCAAAUCUCUGAACAACCUGUGCUUCGACGAGUACGCCGAACAGGCUGUCCGCGAGGAGUUCCAGCGGAUGCACGAGCAGUCGCUGGAGGAGCGCCUGCGCUUCCAACAGCACCUCAAUCUGCGCAAGAACUCGACCGCGUCGAAUGGAUCGUCGGGGAAGCUGUUUGUGAAGCACAUCAGUCACCAGAGCCACCAAAGCCACCACCACAUCAAGGUGGGCAAUGCCAAGUUCAUUGGCCAGGACGGCGGCGAUAGUCCGCAGACAACGCAGCAGCACUAUCCCAUCCAGAAGAUGCGAUCGAUGGGCACCAUACCGGACAUCGUCAGUGAGCGGAUUGAGGCGGAUCCAUUCCUGACUCCGACCACAGAGCGAAAACCGAAUUUCCCCCGCCUCAUACAGUCGGCGGAGAAGCCGACAUCUUCUGCCCUGGGCCACAACACCGUGAAUCGCAUGCUUAGCUAUGACGUGGUUGACUCCCCGGUGGAGUCGAUGGCCAGUUCAGUGACCUUUAUAUCGCGAACACCGUUCGAGCGGGCCUACCGGCGCAACAUCCUCCAAGGAGCGUCCUCGACGCCCUUGCCGCCCCAGGAAGCGUUCGUGAUCCGGCCGCACUCCACGAACUCCACAUACGAGCUAAUGAGAGGCUUCAGUGGAGUUCCUCGUCGCCUAUUCGAUGGCAGCAACAAUGGCCACAACUGUGGCAACAAGCAGCAGCAGCAGGCGGGUGGAGCCACCACCUAUGUUUCCGGGUGCAGCAGUUCCUCGCCCUGCGGAACACUGGCCAGCAUCCACUCAAACCACUCGGCCUCCUCAUCGAAUGGCAGCAACAGCCACAGCAGCCACAGCGGAGCAGUCAUCUUUCAGUGCACCACCGGGAGUGGUCAGAGCGUAGUGGACUCUUCCACCCAGCAGCAACAACAACAGCAGAUAACAGCUAGUUCACCCAAUGGCCUCGACAGCAGUCCCCGGCUGGGCAAUGUCAUGUCUAGCGAUGCCAUUGGCUCCCUGGCUGCCAGUCCAACGGACGCCUGCAGCAUCCGCUCCAAUCCGUCGGCAGCGUCCCUUUUGCUUUCCACGUCGGCAGCUGCCGCUGAGGCGUCCGCCCUAGCCUCGGCCACCACCAUGUCCGUAACAGGAGCAACACUUUCGCCGCUGGCCACCACUCAGAUCAUUCGCCGCCCAAGCAUCACUCUGAUGAAUCCGAGUUCCGGUUCUUUAGUUAUAAGUGAAACAGGAUCUUUAGAUCGCACGAAAAGCAGCGGCGAGAAGCGCAAGAAAGGACCGCUGGAGGACGGGCCAAGAGUUUCCGACCGAGUGGAGGAGACGCGGGUCAAUCCAAACUCAUUAAUAGAUGAGAUUCUAAGUGAUACAAAGCUGGACCAAUUUGAAGAGUCAGCUGAAACCUCUGGCUUGCAGCUAUACAUCGCACGUGAUGGCACCGCCUCGUUGGGGGGCCACGAGGUCAAGUCGAGCGUUAGAGCGGGGGCUCUGAAGCAAGUGGUCAUGCAGGAUAGGAGAUAGUAGUGCCGUCGGCUACGAGAACUGUUUUAUAAAAUGUAUUAGAAGACUAACUCAGAAAGUAACAGCAUAAACCAUAACGAACUAAUCGCAGUAGUUUAGGAUAUGCAAAUACGUUAACUUGCAAACCGAUGUGAGAAUACAAAAUACGCUAUAUAAUACUAUAUAUAAAUGUAUGUCGUGUCAACACCACUAGUUAUAUACGCUUGUAUUCCGACGUGCAUAAAAAACAACAACGUGUGUAUGUUUUAUAGAUUUGUUAACUGGCAGUAGUCCACACGAUUGCUAAUUGAUGCGCUCUCUAUUAAAUACAUAGCCCCGGAUCUUUUGGGAAUGUUAAAUCACACCACAAAUAAAAAAGAGGAACAACUUCCCAUUUAAAUAUUAUAGAAAACGUAAUACAUAAAAAAGAUAAGUAGAUAAAAUAAAAAUUAAAAGUUCCAUUCGACAAAUAUUUUACAUUAAAGAAGAAUUCAAGGUCUCGUGACAUCUUAAAAUAUUCCUCAAACUAAUCAAAAUAGAAUGAAAAUAAUCUUGGAGUAUUUUGUCGGAAUUAGGAUCUCGUGUCGGUUAUUCUGAAAAAAAAAUACAAUGCAACCAACAUUCACACAUUAAAAAAUAGUCUAACCUUUGGCAUUAUUUCAUAUCUCAUAUAAAGCGUUUGCAUUUUAUUUUUAAACAACACACACACUUACCUUUCUAUAUAGUUUUGUUAUCAGUCACAAAAUGUUUACUUCAUCGGCCUCACUAUAUAUGGGAUAUGGAGACAUCGCCCAAAUCUGCUAAUUAAGCUCCUAGUUAGUGUUUCAAAGGCCUAGAAAUCUUUAAAGCAAUUCGUGCAAAAUAUCAUGGCAGUAAUAGUAUAAGUUUCAAUGUUUUGAUGUAAAAAAAUCGCUAAAAAAACGCAAAAUCAUUUAAAACAUUGUGUUGAAUGUGAAAAAAAAUAAAUCGCAACUAGUAAUUAUUCUAUGAAUUAUGUUCAUAAUCUGUGUAAAAUUUUUCUAUUUUUAUUUGUAAACAAAAUCGAAACUGCUUCUAAGUUAGUUUUUAAAAAUGUACAUGAAAGCUACAACUUUGAAAUAAAGUGAAAACCCUUGGUUAAAAAUAAA